AUGCAGGUCUCGACACAGGUGGACUGGUUUGACGCCAUCAGAAACCAGGAUUACGAGGCGAUCUAUGAUGCCGAUGGGGUCUUUCACGGUUCUCGUGACGCUGCAGGAGAGACAGGGCUGAUGAAGGCAGCAAAGUUUAAUGACAUUAAGCUCGCCAAAAUGCUGGCCCCUGUCGAGGCAGGGAUUGUCAACAACGAAGGACAUAAUGCGCUGAUGAUUGCUGCGCUCAACAACAACUCCGAGAUAUGUUCCUUUCUGGUCGAAAUUCCCUCUGAGUGUGACCACAGACUUGGGUAUGGGGAGGACGCCCUUAUCUUGGCUGCUAGCGUGGGAGCGCUUAAGUCUGUCGCUGUGCUGCUGCCCCAUCUGGAAAAGACUAAGGACCUCAAAGGCCGCACCUGUUUGACGUAUGCAGCCUGCAAUGGGAAGCUCAAUGUCGUCAACUAUCUGAUAAGAUACAAACAGGAGAUAACGGACAUGGAGGCCAAGGCAGCCCUCGUUGCAGCAGCUGGUAACAGCCACGCCGAUUGUGUUCAUGCCUUGACUAUAUACAUCAGAGACGGGAAAAUAAACUACCUGGCCACUGUGCCGACUGAGGAGGAUGAUAUGGAUAGGGAUUACUAUCGCUAUGAUGACAUUCUUCCGCAGACGGAUCUCGGACUCCAAGGUCUUCAAGACUCGAACAUCUACAAUGUUCGCCCGGCAGAGCUCCACCUCACACAGCGGCCUGCUCUCUCAUCAAGCUCAGCUCCUGCUAGCAGUGAGGCUCCUGUGGCUCCUCACCAGGGGACGCUAGAAUUUGUCCCGGAGCCGGGAGUUGUCGAUGCUCUUCAGGUCUCUGGGUACGUAGAGCCAAGCCUAGACCUAUCGCCGAACGUCUCGAUCAUUAAUAGGCGAAGUCCCGGAAAGGGAAAAGACAAGGAUAAAGGGUCUGCUGUAACACUACGCGAAAAGCGCCCCAAAACGCCGACUAUCAAGUCUGCUACUGCUAAGGUAUCAAAGGCGCGCACUCCCACGACAGCGCUCAAGGUAGACAACACCAAACUAACCUCUACUGCUGAAACCAGGAAUAUGGCCUCGGAGCGCACUCUGACAAGCAGCACGCUCUUAUCCAACACAUAUAACACGAGUAAUCUUAACAGGAACCUGAACAGAUCGCUUGUGCAGAGCAAUCUGCAAACUACUUCCCCUCGACGCUCCAACUACGUGACACCCGGUCAAGCAAGCAUGAUGGGUACAUCUACCCAGCAGCGGAACAUAAGCCCCACAGCAUCUAGGUCUUCGUACGUUGAUAACGCUCAGUACUCUCUGUACGAAGCAAUCGAGAAGGCGUCGAAGAAGAAACUUAUCACACCACCACAGGGCACCCACCCACGGUCUCUUGAUGCAGAUAUUCUUACAAAAGACCCACAGUUACAAGAAGCGAUGGUUGCACGCUACUAUGAGGACGUUUCACCCCCGCCAAGGCAACCCGGGGCGUCUGCAUCUACUAUGGCUGCGCUAAAUAAAUCAAACAUAAAGGCCAUUCGUAGCAACACGAACAACAGAUUUGCAGAGGUCAAUCCUCUCUCCGGAACAUUUUAUGGACCCAGUACUACCGCUGAAAAUUUCAACCCGACGGAAUCUAGUCUAACGGCAAGCAUUCUUCACCCCGUCAGUUCUAGAGAUGUUAACUUAGUUACCAAGAGUCGCACACUUUCUCGAAGCAAAUCGGGGUCAAGGAACCCUAGAGCAAGGUCUAAUGCAUUGCCCCAAGAAGACUUUAGCGUUGACCAAAUAGAAUCCCCUUCACGCCUACAAACCCCCACUAUGUCCAUGAGGUCUUCAACCAUUCGACUAAAAGAAGAAGUAGAUCUUAGACCAACCUAUGUGGACCUCAGGGCGUCGACCUCUGCAGACCGCUACGAGGACACGCUCUGCCUUAACCCCUCCCAGACAGCCAUGCCCAUUGGUCCGCUGAGCAGGCACAUCCAAAGAAAUGACAUAACAAUCCUGGAGAUCCCGAACUUUGAAGCUGAUCCCAGUUAUACAGACCUUAUGCAAGGAAUCUACAAUGGAGACAAGAAGCUUAUUAAGCAGAAUAUGAAGACACAGGCAAACCUAUGUUCGGACACCCAUAUGACAGCUUUGAUGGUUGCUGCUCGCAUUGGGGAUAUUGCCAAUGCAAAGUUGCUGAUAAAGGCAGGCGAAGCUGGUAGAAAAACUAAUGAGGGGUGGACAGCCCUCAUGGUUGCUGCGUUUCACAACAGUGUCGAAGCGGUGAGGCUUCUUAUGGACCAUGAAGCGCGCAGUGUCACCAACGAUGGUUGGACCGCAUUAAUGAUAGCUAUCAAGUUCAACGCAAUAGGAUGCGUGGAACUGCUUGCUGGGUGCGAGGCUGGGAUCCAGGAUAGGAGCAAGGUCAGCGCGAUGAUGAUCGCUGCAUACAUGGGGAGGUCUGGCAUAAUUCCUUUACUUAUCAAAGAGGAGGCGAAGCUCUGUGAUAGUUAUGGAAGAACGGCUAUGAUGUACGCUACUCUGAAUAAUGAAGUCGAGUGCGUCGAAAAACUGGUGUAUGCAGAGAGCAACGUGCAAGAUCCGGAGGGGAGAACAGCCCUAAUGAUGGCGGCGCAGCUCGGUCUGAACGACAUCGUGCUUGUCCUCCAGAAGGAAGAGGCAGGAAAGCGUGCCAACAUGGGCCGUACAGCGCUGAUGUUUGCUGCACGCAACUGCAACCUCAUCGGCGUCCAAGUGCUCGCCGGAACGGAGUGCGGACUCCAGGACGCUGAGGGUUGGUCUGCUAUGAUGAUGGCUGUUUUAGACAACCAAGCUGAGAUAGUUAAGUCACUGAAAGACUACGAAGCAAAUCUCAAGACAAAUAAGGGGUUCACCGCCUUGAUGUUUGCGGCCCGCUUCGGGUUUGACGAGUGCGUAGAGAUCCUAGCACCCGUCGAAGCAGGGGAGCAGACACCUAGUGGAUGGUCGGCACUGAUGGCUGCAGUUUCCAACAACAACCUUACGUCUGCAAGAUUGCUAGUUCCAUACGAAGUCAUGCUUCAGGAUGCUAAGAGAAACACUGCGUUGAUGCUUGCCUGCAAGAAGAACAACAAUGAAAUGAUCAAAUUGCUUAGACAGGCCCAGGAGGCUGUGCGCAGUGUUCGCAACAAUUCCCGUAGGUAA